AUGGAUAAGAUUCAACGUGGUAUUGUGGAUUUGGUGUCAAUUGCAGUAAACCCAGAACCAUUUUUUGAGCCGAAGCUUGAUAAAAUAGAAAGUUCAGUUGACGGUUUUAUUGGUAUCGUGAGCAACAACCAAUUGUACUUAAACUCACUAGCAAAUGAACGUGUGACAGGUUAUACCAAUUUACUCAUCACAUGUGUUUGCUUGAUUUCCUCAAUAAUAUUGCUUUCAACAAAAACACAUGGAUUCUACCAAUUCAUUCGCAAAUUUUUGAUGAUCCUUUUUCAUUUCACAAUGGCAUUUGGGUCGGUUUUUGGUUUCACUGUCCACGCUUUCACUAUCAACGCACAGAUCUUAAGCGGACUAUGGUUGGCGUUAUACGCAAGUUUAAUAUUUGCGCUCAUGUUCCUUUUCUUCCAAGCUUUCUGGGAAGUAAGCGCUUUGACAUUCAUCAUUAUGUUACCAUUCGUUCUUUUGGGAGCCUACUUCGACCUCAUUUUGUGCUGGACAUAUGACCUAUUCAUAUGCAUUGGUGCUUUUGCGGUUGUCUUUGGGUUCUUCAUGGGAAUCAUUCACUUCUCAAGAUCCUUAAAAUCGGGAGCACACUUCUGCAUGUUUGUUUCCGACUUAAUUGCACUUUGUGGCGUUGCUGUGCAAGCAACCCACUUCAGGGUCGGAGACUGGGACAAGAAUGCUUUCUUCCAUCUUGCUGUGGCAAUCUUCAUACUCGUUUCUUCAAUUUCGCUUUCUGUUAUCCUCAAAAAAGAAAGAACCUCAAGAAGAGCCAAGUCAGAUUAA